UCUGUUCCGCUGUAAACAAAAAGCUUUUGUGUCUUGAUAAAUAAUAAUCCUUAAAAAUGAUUUUUAUCUAUUUAAAUUAAGUCUUAAUUAACUGACUCUAGCAGAGCUUAAGCUCUCUUUUGAAUCAAUGGUGAUGUUUUUAUUGAGCCACACCAUUUUAUUUAUUUUUAAAAGUAUUAAAAAGCUUAUUUUUCCGAGAAUAAAUCUAGGCGAUUUUCAAAUAUUAUAUUUGAGCAAUAAUUACCUGGUUGCAUACAAACCCUACGAUCUUUUAAUGAAUUCUGACAAUCCAACGGUGGAGACCCUGCAAACCUUAUUAUCAAAUAAAUGUCCAGCUUUGGCAAAUCCACGUCUGGGACAUCAGUUCCACUUCAUUCACCGCCUGGACUUCAUCACCAGUGGUGUUGUCUGUGUCGCCUUAACCAAGAAGGCGGCAAAAGAGGCUGGCAAUCAUUUCAGCGAUCGAGAAGUCAAGAAGUUUUACGUUGCCUUAGUCAGGGGCUGGCCGAGUCAAAAUUUCAUUUGCAUCAAUGAACCAAUUGGUGAAGACAAAAACGAGCUAUUAACAUCAAAGAAAAUGUGCAUUGGAUCGGAUAAAAACUGCAUUAAAGCUAGAAACGCACAAACAAGAGUUCUGGUCCUAGAAACGGGCUUUUACCAAAACUACCCAGCUUCUAAGGUCUUGCUGAGUCCAUUGACAGGUCGACGACACCAACUACGAGUGCACCUUUCGUAUUUGGGCCACACAAUAAUUGGAGACUUUACAUACAGCAACAAAAAGGAUGUUGAACCACCAAGAACAUUUUUGCAUUCAUUGUGGAUUAGAAUUCCAAGUCAACUAGAGGAAAAUAAAAUUGUUGAUGUGAAAACUGAGGAUCCAUUUGAAAGAACGAGUCAAUGGAAACCUUUGAAAAAAAUUCACAGCAUCAACGACAGCAAUUCAUUCAAACUCCUGGAAUAAUCCUGUAUGAAACAGAAUGAACAAGGGCAAAACUGUGAGAGGCACCGCAUCCGAUGAGCUUGACGUUGCUCAAAAUGAGUUGAGGGGCAAAUUGGUCGUCCAAGUUUCCAUUGCCACAAUUUCCAUGCUCGUUCCAUCCUGAAGUCCACAAGUUUCCACUCUCUGCAAUUAUUGAAAGAUGCUACAAAAAAAUAUUGUUCCGUUCCUUCCAAUCCACGCCGUCUGUCGAAGGCCAGCAGCAACGAAGAGGACUUCUUCGGCUAGCAAAGAGGUCUACUGAUUUUGACCUCCGGAUCCACGGGAGCCCCGCACUGACCCCGAUUGUUUUGUCCGCAAGCCCAAACGCAGCCGUCAGAGUCAAGAAGCAAUGUAUGGCCUCCACCUCCACAAAUUUGACAAAUAUUGCUUAAAAUUUCAUCAGGAAGACCGUCCAAGCUGCACUGCUGAGGUGUGCUGCUCUCUUCAAAGACAGGCCAACCUUCAUGUGCAAGCUGCCCGUACUGGUUCGCGCCCUGCAUUUGUAAUUUAUGUGUGAUUUACACAAAUAAACUUCUACUCAAAGUUUUUCAAAUA